UCCUUUCCGGAACACCCCGCCCGCCGCUCUCUACUCCCGAAUUCGGCCCCGCCACGUCUAGGGGGCUGCACCCUCUGGUCUCCGCCUCCUGUACCUGUCUCCCCCUCCUGCCGCGGCUUCCGCCUCCACAGCCUCGCGGAGCCGGAGCCGGGGCCAGCCGCGUAUUCAGGGGGCGGGCGGGGGGGCGGGGAGUCGGCGAAGCUGCUGGUCCCGUUGGCCGGAGCUGCGAAGAUGUCGGAUCUUGGGGACUGGUUCAGGAGCAUCCCGGUCAUCACGCGGUACUGGUUCGCCGGCGCCAUCGUGGUGCCCUUCGUCGGCAAACUCGGCCUCAUCAACGCAAGCUACUUCUUACUCUGGCCGGACGCUUUCCUCUACCACUUCCAGAUCUGGAGGCCAGUCACUGCAACCUUUUUUUUCCCAGUUGGCCCGGGGACUGGAUUUCUCUACUUGGUGAAUUUAUAUUUCUUAUAUCAGUAUUCUACACGACUAGAAACAGGGGCUUUUGAUGGAAGGCCAGCCGACUAUAUGUUCAUGCUCCUUUUUAACUGGGUUUGCAUCGUUAUUACUGGUUUAAUAAUGGACAUGCAGUUGCUGAUGAUUCCUUUGAUCAUGUCAGUACUCUAUGUCUGGGCCCAGCUGAACAGAGAAAUGAUUGUAUCAUUUUGGUUUGGAACACGAUUUAAGGCCUGUUACUUGCCUUGGGUCAUUCUUGUAUUCAACUAUAUUAUUGGAGGAUCGGUUAUCAAUGAGCUGAUAGGAAAUCUCGUUGGACAUCUAUACUACUUCUUAAUGUUCAAAUACCCAAUGGAUUUGGGAGGAAGAACUUUUCUGAGUACACCUCAGUGUCUGUACCGCUGGCUUCCCAGUAGGAGAGGAAACGUGUCCGGAUUCGGUGUUCCGCCUGCGAGCAUGAGGCGAGCUGCAGAACAUCAGCUUGGCGGAGGUGGUCGACACAACUGGGGCCAGGGCUUCCGACUAGGAGAUCAGUGAAAAGCUCAGCAGUGUUCAGCAAACAGGGAUACUGUGCAGUUAAGGAUUCUUCCUGGUGGGGGUUGUGCUUAAGACCUGUGUUCUAUCUAAUGCUGGUGGACCUGGCCCAUGCAGAAUGUCAUUUUUGGGGUACGAGAAAAAUUGUUAAAAGUCCCGAAGAGAAAUGUUAAAUUUCCCUCCAAAUUAGUGAUCACACUUUACUCUUUACUACUCUGAAGAAAGAAACAUCCACUCUGCAUCUUUCAAAACCAGCUGCUGUUUCUGUGUCUUCUCUUCCCCCUCCCCCUUUUCUGAACAGCGGGUACUCUGGUCCAAGUCUGAAUAUCUCUGUAGAUUUUUGUUUCUGUGGCUGUGUAACUAAAAUGUUGUCAAAAGACUGAUUAUGAGGGAACCCCCCCCACUCCUCUUCCCCCCCCCCCCCAAAUGCCAUCACCUUUCGAAAUUUAGAGACGGUCAUACAUUUAGUGAUGCUGCCUUUAUGGUGAGCUCUGUUACAUUCUGAUGUUGACUCUUGGGGUCCGUUUGGGUGCCAGGAGCUAUUGUGGAAGAACAGUUUUCCUUGCCUUUGAUGGCAGAAAGGAGGAGAGGGCAUCAGAACUUGAGAAAGAAGAUGGGAGAAGAUUGGCCGAGAAUGGAAGAAGAGAGAAGGACAGAAGCUGGCUUUGGCCUGACUCAGCAUGUCGGGUGUUGGAAGAGGCCAGACGCUGACCUCUCUGCAGGUGCUCUUGCAGAGCUGCAGCCAGACCUCACCUGUGACCAUUUGCCACACUUCUCCAGAUAUUUUUAUGUUUCAUUUGCCAUUUUAUUGAGUCAUGGAGCCAUGCAGACUUGUAUUAGGAUUAGCAACCUUGUCCAUCGUGGACUAGGAAUGGGAAGAGUGUUGCUUGCCAGAUCCCGCCCUCCCCCUUUUUUGAAAAACAAAACAAAACAUGUGAAUUGAUCCCAAACUGCAUUACACAUUAAAAGUUAAAUAUUUUUAAAGUGAACACAAGAAGGUCCAAAUGGAUUGCAAACACACUUUGGGUUAUCAGGAGUAUUUAGACUUGUUUCUGUUUUUGUUAUUCUGAGACAUGAAUGUAUAACUUCUGUGAAUCAAAACAAUAUGGAGAUCUCCUUUUUUCUAAGUGGGUUAUUUUUUUUUUUCCCAUCAGGGCAAGGUUUGUCACCAAAUAAAGCUUUUGAAGCCUACAGUGUUUCACACAACUAAAUGUUUCUUUUUUCAGCAUAUGUUUUUAGUCUCAAGUCAGCUGACUUUGCCAAGAUGUACUUCGUAGUUCCACAGAUUUGAGCCAGGAUGAACUGGCUUUGAAAGCUCUCUGUCACCAUUCUGGGUCCUAGUGUGGCAUUUGGUUUUUCCAUACACAGGCAUAUACAAGGAUCAGGGAUGGGUAUGUGUGUUGUUAGGGCUUUGUUGGUGGAAAAAUAGUUGCUUAUUUUCAACACCAAAUUUACAACUGCUUUCUUAACACCUGCCUCCCCGCUCUGAUUUUAUUUACAUUUCUUAAGAAGUUAGGCAGAGAGCACCUGAAAUUUGUUGUCAUAAUUUUCUGCUGUUGGCCAUAAAUAAAGUUUACCUAUACAGUUUUAGAAGCCA